AUGACAGUUGCUUCAGGCAGCCCUGGGGAGGACAGGGUUGGGGGAGAUGAAGAAGAGGAGGAGGAGGAGGAGGAGGAAGAGGAGGAGGAAGAAGAAGAGGAGGAUGAGGAGGCCGUGGACCCAGAGGAAGCAGAGGAGCUGACUAACAGUUUUAAAGAUCUUAUCCAAAGUGAAGAUGUGAAACCCAAGCUGCAGUACAUCAUGACUAACCCUUCCUUUUCUAUGGUAACAUGCCAAAGUGAAGACAGUGGAAUAACCUGGGAAACCAGCUCGAGCAGAUGUUCUACUCCCUGGACCUCAGAAACUAGUACAGCUUCUGAUCUUUACAGUAUGGAAAGUUCACCAGUAGGUUCUCCUCCAGGAAAAGUUAUCUUUAUCAUGGAUGAAGGCAAGAUCAUUCGGAAAAGGACACGCAAAUCUUCAAAUAGGGUGCCAGUGGCUACAAGACCGAAGGGAGGCCAGUGCAAUAAAAAACGUGACUCUUCUGGAAUGCAGAGGCAAGAACCAAGAACUGUUCUAGGAGAUGUGCAAGCCUCUGUGUUGAACGUAGAGCAGGUGGAAGAACAAGACACAGAUGAGGAAAUGCUGGAGAACAAAGAAGAUCUAGAGAAUAUCACAGAAGAACCGGUAAAACGUGCUCCAAUAAGAUCAAUAUUUAGGGAGAGCAGACUGAGAAAAGUCGGUCCAAUUCUUGGAGGACCAGUACAAGCUAGAAUCCAGCUGUUCAACUCAAUUUUUGGAGGGACUGGGCCAGCCCCUGAAACACUGGAGAAAAACAGAAUCCGGAGAAGUAGUUCAGCUUCAGGAGAUUCUGAAAAGUUCCUUGAAACAUCAGUAAAAGAAAGAUUGCAGAAGUUCGGUUCACUCUCAGAAGCAGCACGUCCAAAACAUUUUCAGGCAGCAAGAAGUAAAAUUCUUGAAACACCUUCAGAGAGAAGAAGGAAGCAAAGACAGCAACUCACAGAACAAGCAAAUCAAAGCUUUUCUUCACCAAUACCACAUCUUGAAAAACAGCUUACUAAGAAAAAUGAUGUUUCCUCUGAAAAUAUUGAUCCUUAUAAAAUGAAAGAAUCAACUCUUGAAUGUGAAGAAAGAAAAGAGAGACAACCUCUUUUGGAGACUCCAAAUCAGGUUUCAGGGCAUUCACUGAAGAAUGAAGAAGCCAGGAAGCAGCAGAGUCAUUCAGGCAUGGCCAGAACAUCAAUAACAGAGUCGACAACCUCCACAUCACUCAAGUCUGAUGAGAAACAAGGGCUGCUUUCCUCAGCCAAAAACGCAAACAAGAAACCAGACCAAUCCCUGCUGACAGCAUCAGACCAUCUGGAUGAAAUGAAGAAGCAGGAAGUUCAGCCCAAUUCUGCACCACAGUCUGUUUCAGCAGAUUUUGUUAGUGAGUUAGAUAGACCAAGUUCCCAGCAUAUUUUGCCUACAGAAUCUAUGUCAAAACAUCUUGAGAGGGACACAGAGAAGUCUUACUUACCUGAUGUUCCCUCAGCUAAUUCCAAAGAUUCCACUUCAUCUGAAAGAAUUCAGGAAGAUAUUAUUUCUCAGUCAUCAGAAGCUGCACAGUCUGAGUCUGAACAUGUACUUCUACCAUAUUCUGGAAAUGAAACAGAGAAGCAAGAAACGGAGUGUCCAUCAUCAACAACUGCACUGUCAGAGUCAACGACUUCAGAUCUAAUGUAUUCAGCUGAAAGAGAAGAGGGUCAAAAGACCCCAUCCUCAGAAAAUAAAAAUAUUCAUUUGGAGAACAAAACAAAUUCUGAACAAGGCUUUUCACUUCAGGAAACAGAGAAGCAAGGAAUUAAGUUAAAACCACCGAUUCCUGAAAAUAUAGAUUCCAAAUAUUUUGGCAUUUCGUAUCCUGUUCAGACAGAAACAGAAGAAACACAGAAAACUUCAGAUAUAAAUAAAGCAGUAGAUUUUGAUCAUUCUGAUUUUUCCAUUGAAGAAAACAAACAAGCAGAAGGUGGGCAAAUGGAGAUGGAACACCCAGGUCUCUCAUAUUCCACUGAAGAAACUGGAGAAUCAGAGACAACACAGAUGGAGACAGAGCAUCCAGACUUCUCUUCUCCCAAGGAAGAAACAGAGGAAUUGAAGGAUGAACAGAUGGAGAUGGAGCAUCCAGACUUCUCUUUUUCUAGGGAAGAAAUGGAAGAAUCAGAGAGUGCACAGCUAGAGACGGAACUUCCAGAUUUCUCAUAUUCCAAGGAAGAAACAGGGGGAUCAGAGAGUGCAAUACCAGAUACAGACUAUCCAGAACUGCUUUUUACCACAAAAGAAACAGAGACAUCAAGGAGAUCACAAGUGGAGAUAGAACACCCAGAAUUUUCUUCCAAAGAAGAAACAAAAGAAUCAGAGAGUGCACAGCUGGAAAUGGAGCAUCCAGACUUCUCUUUUUCCAGGGAAGAAAUAGAGGAACCAGGAAGUGCACAGCUAGAGACAGAACUUCCAGAUUUCUCAUAUUCCAAGGAAGAAACAGAGGGAUCAGAGAGUGCAAUACCAGAUACAGACUAUCCGGAACUGCUUUUUUCCACAAAAGAAACAGAGAAAUCAGGGAGAUCACAAGUGGAGACAGAACAACCAGAAUUUUCUUCCAAGGAAGAAAGAAAAAAACCAGAGAGUGCACAGCUGGAAAUGGAGCAUUCAGACUUCCCAUUUUCCAGGGAAGAAAUGGAGCAAUCAGAUAGUGCACGGUUGGAGACAGGGCACUCAGAUCUAUCAUAUUCCAGAGAAGAAAUGAUGAAACCAGAGAGUGCACAGCUGGAUAUCGUUUAUCCAGAGUCUUCUUUAACCAAGGAAGUAGUCAAGGCAAUGCAAAGUGCACAGCUGGAAAAGGAGCAUCAGGUUUUGCUUUCCAGGGAAGAAACAGAAAACCAAGCAUUCAGUCCUUUCGAACUGGAACAGUCUUAUUCCCCUGAAAAAGAAAAACAAGGAGAAGAAGAAGAGCUUGCACUAGCACAUUCAGAUUUAUCAUGUUUCAUGGAGGAAGCAGAGAAAGAAAAUACUACAGAACUCCGGUUGGUACAUCCAGAUAUAUUUGAUUCCACUGGGAGGGCUGAGAUACAACAAACUGGGUAUCUCGAAACAGCAUUUUCAGAGUUACCGUAUCCCCUAAAUAAAACAAAGGAGCAAAAACUGUCACAAACUGACAAAGGAGAACAGCCACAGCCUGUACAGCAGGAUUCGCAGUCUGGAGGUAAGGUGGAUUCCUCUGCAGUGGCAAUGCAAGGAGAAAUUAUUCAACUGGAGUCAGAGCAUCCAGUUUGGCCACAUUCUACCAGAAAAGAGCAGGAACAUAAAAUUUCACAGCUGAAGGCAAAACAGCCAGAGACAGCAUCUUCCACUGGCAAAACAGAACAUCAAAAAUUGCAACCAAAGCUGGAACAAACUGAUUCACUCUAUUCUCAGGGAAGAAUGGUACACGAAGCUGUACAGAGAAACUUAGAAGGUACAGAGCCAUCAAGUUUCAUUAGUGAAGCAGAGCAACAUGAAAAUGUACAAGUAGUUUCAGAAAAGAGGGAUUUCUCAUUUAUCACUGGAGAAGUGAUGCAAAAGGGAGUGGAGUUAGGACCUUUGCAGUCACAACUGACUGACAGAGCCAAGCCCUGGGAAAAGACGCAAAGGGAGCAGGAGCAGUCUUUUCCUUCCUGUUCCACUGCUGGUGGUCAGCAACAGGAAACAUCACCACUGAAAGUGCCCCAGCCAGAACAAAACACAGUACAAAGACAGGUAAAACAGCAGGAAACAGACCAACAAGAAGCUGUGCAAAUGGAAACAGAGUACUCAGUUAUUUCAGAAAGCAUGGAUAAAGAGGAGGUUGUAGACCAAAUUAAUUUGGCACAGCAAGAAAUACCUCAACCAGGGUUAGUGCAUCCAUCUUUGCCAUAUUCAUUCAAUAAACAAAUGCGAGAAGAAAUGCAAACAGAGUCAGCAAAUCCAGAAAAAACAUUUUAUGUAAGUACAGAACCAGUGAAGGAAAUUAUACAACACAAAUCACAGCAACAAGAAAUAGUACAUCCAAAGCUGGAGCAAACAUUUUUGCCUUCUUCCAGUGAAAAAGAAGCUCCACUGGAAAUGGAAAUAACUUCAGAAUAUCCAGAUUUGCCGUAUUCCUCUCAUGAGCAAGAAAAAUUAUUGAAAAACCUAACCUUACCACUCCAUUUGAAGCAAGGAGAAACUGAACAAGCAAUGGUAGAACAUACAGAUAUUUUAUGUGACCGUGGUGAAUCAAAACAAGGUGACAUUGUGGAGCAGGAGUCAGAACGUCCAGAUCUCUCAUACUCCAUGGGAGAAACUCAGCAAAAAUCAGAACAUUUAGAUUCACAAGGAAGCCUGGGUGAAGCAGCACAAGAUGAAAGUAUGGAAGUAGAAUCUCAAUACCCAAAUCAAUCAUGCUCACAAUUGGAUUCAAAAUAUUCAGAUUCAUCAUUCUCCUUUGGUAAAGGCGAAGAGCAAUCAACUCCAAAGUUUGAGUCUAAACACCAAGAAUUGCCUAAAGUAGCUAGAAAAAGAGCUUCUCCAGCAACUGCACAAAUAAAGUCAAAACAUCCGGAGAUUGCACCGUGGGAAAUGAAGCAUUCUGAUUUGUCACAUUCCACUGGUGAGACAAACCAGGAAGAAGUAGCACCAUUGGAUCAAAAACACAGAAAACUUUCUCUUGGCAGAGAGAAGCAGCAGAAAGCCGCAAAGCAGGAGUUAGAGCAAGAAAAGUUAACACAUUCUCCUGUUAAAAGAGACACUUUAGAGCAUGCCCAGGAGAGCUUGGAACAACCAAAUUUAUCAUUUUCCAUUGAUAGGCCAAAUGAAAUGAUACUACCAGAGGCAGAGCAUACUGAUGUGAUAUCUCCUCUGGACAGCACAGAGGUACAACGAAGAGUACGAGAAACAGAGCAAAAUUAUCCCUUUGGACAAAUGGAACAGAAAACAGCUCAGCCAGAAGUGGAAAUUCCUCAUUUGUCAUGUUCUGUGGAUACAGCAGAGAAAACAGAAAUGGCAGAACCAGGGCAGGGACAUUCUGAUUUGCCUUACUCUGUUUUCAAAGUAGGAGGGCUGCAAACAUCACAGCUGAAACCUGAACACCCUGGUCUAGCACAUUCCCUCAACAAAGUGCAGGAAACAAUCCAGCUGGGGUUGGAAGAGCCAGGUGCAUUGUAUGGCCAUGACAAAAUAGAGAAACUCCCACCUGCACAGCUGGAGCCAGGCCAUGCAAGCUUGGCACCCCUGGCCAGGGAAGUGGGGCAGAAAGGGAUGGAACACACAACUGUGGAAUGCUCUGAAGAGGAGCAGUCUGUCAGCAGAGCAGAGCAUCCGCAAGCUUCAAAGGAGAAACAGAGAGCUCCAGAUGCACUAUCCCAGAGUGGAAAAAUGGAGCAAAGAGAAAUGCUAAAAGCAGAGCCAAAGCAUCCCGAUUCACUGCAUUCCAUUGAUAAAGCAAGGCCACAAGGAACUACACAACCAGUGUUAGAAAAACCAGAUCUGUUAUCUUGGCCUGGCACAACAAAGCAAGGACAAACUGCUGGAGAGGAAAAGCCAGGCUUCUUGCAUUCUUUAGAAAAAGAGGCACAAGGCAAGAAAGCACAGACAGAAUUGGGACAUUUAGAAUUACGUCAUUCUCUCAGUGAGGCAGAACAAGAAACUUUAAAUGCAAAAUCACACCAUUCAGAUUUAUCUGCUGGCAGAUUAGAAUAUCAUGAAAUCAUAUGGCCAGAGGCAGAAAUAAUGGAUUUAUCAUGUUCAAUUGGUGAAACACAGCAAACUCAAAUUGCUAAUGAGGAUUUGGAGUGCCUGGAUUUAUUUCAUUCCACUGACACAGUACAGCAGGAAAAUAUUCAACCAGAGCAAGAAAAGACAGAUGAAUUUUCAUCAUCUCUCAGCAAAGCAGAGGAGUGGAAAGAUGCAGGAAUGCAGGCAGAACACCCUGAGCUGCAGUGCUCUAUGGAGAAAACAGAAGGACUGCAAAAUUCCCAAGCAAACUCAGAAUAUGCAGAUUUGUCAUUCUCUGUUGGCACAGCAGAGCCUCAUAAAACAACACAGCCAGAGCUGAAAGGACAGAGUUUGUUGCAUUCAUUUGUCAAAACAAAGCCAUCAUGGGCUGCUCUACCAGAGUCUGAACAUGCAAAUGUCAGGGACAAAGUACUGCACACAGAUUUGUCCUCUUCUGUUAGUGAAGAAAAACAAAGUGCACAGCUGGAGGUGAAACAGGAGAGGGGAAGCUAUACAUUGCACCCAGAGGAAAUAGUACAACUAAAAUUGGAACAACCAGUGUUUUCCAGUCCCCAUGGCAUGGAAGAGCAACCAAAUACAUCCCCAGUGGAAGGGGAGUUCCCAGACUUCUGUUCCUCUGGCAAAAUGGAAAAACAGGACACUGCACAAGCAGGGUUCACACCUUCUGGUGUUUUGUAUUCCACAGAAAAAUCAGAGCAGUUGGAACCAGAACAACUGCAUUCAAAACAUCCAGAUUUGUCAUACUCUCUUGGCAAAGCAGAGAUUCAUGUAAUAAAGCCACUAGAUUCAUCAUAUUCCUGUGGCAAGGCAGAGCAGACUGCCCAGCUGGAGCAUCCAGAGAUACCGUAUUUCACUGGUGAAACAAACUGGAGGGAUGGGGUCCAACCAGAACAGCCGCGUGUUAGUUUGCAGUCCUCUGAUGUUGAAACAGAGCAGCCAGAAACACCUUCUGUAGCACAUACCUUUGUCAGGACCGAGGAACAGGGAACUACACAACCAGACUCCAAACAAUCAGAUUUAUUAAGUCCUACUGACAAAGCAGAAAAGCAUGAAAUGGCCCCACUGAGAGCAGGACAUUCACAGAAGCAAGACAGUUGUGCUCCUUCAUCUCGAAGUGCUCAGUUGGAAAUGGAGCAACAUUUAUCAUUUUCCUCUGAGGAAGCAGACAGCCACAAAAUUCAACCAUAUUCAUCUGUUAUUGAACAAACAGUCUCUGUGCCUUUGGGUGAUCCACACACUGUCUCAGAAACAAGCCCUGAAGGAAGCCCAAGGGCUUCAACUGUAAUUGGAGGCUCACCCCCCAAACAUUUAGAUAUAUCUUACUCCCACUAUAAAAUAGAGCACUCAGAAAUGGCCCAGCCUGAGCCAAGGUCCUUUUUUGCAAGAAAAGAAGCAGACAAUACAGAAAGUCUUCUACGUUUGCCUGUAGCUGCAAAGUCAGAGGCUGAAUGUGAAAUUUUAUGUGAAGCUGAGAGAGAGCAGACUCCACAAUACUUUCACACAGCUACACAAUUAGAACCUGAACAACAAAAUUUGUCAUAUUCUACAGAUAAAAUAGAAACUCUAGAAAGUCAGGAUUACUUGACUGUACCUUCAAAACUGCAGUCUGAACCUUCAGUUCCAUUUUAUUCAGCUGAUGAAACAUGUGAGCAAGAAAUUCCACCUUAUUCAAAACCAGUGUCUGAAUAUUUGGUUCCCACACGGUCCCUUGCCAAACAAGAAAAUGAAAGUAUGCAGCCACUUAUUACCCAGCCCAAACAAUCAGAAUGUGAACAUGUAAUUCCACCCCACAAUGAAAAACAGUUGCAAAAAAUUCAACUCAGUUCACUUGAAAUGGCAAGCUUAAAGACAGUGCACUUGGAGAGUACAUCUCAAGUACAAGAUAAAGAAAAGCCAGAAUCCUGUGCAUUGGACACAAUGUAUUUGUCUCCAGAACAGCUAAGAAGUCACCCCAAAUUCACUACUGAGCAAUAUGAACAAGAAAUGCAACCCGAUGUACAGACACUGCCAAGGUCAGUGGCCACAGAGUCAAAGGUGACUGGUGUAGCAGACCAGCAAGCAGUGUCAUCAGGGUCAUUUAUACCUUUUCAUAAAUUACCUGGAAAUUCAGAACUUGAAAAGUCAGUGUCAGUGCCUCUCACUGAUGAUGAAGAGAAGCAAAAUAUUCCAUCAUCUUUAUCUGAUAUAGCAGACAUGCUUGGAAAGCCAUCUAAUAAAGUUUCAGGCAUUUAUACUGAAGGAGAUCAUAGAUGUGAAAUGCAACAAUCUUUUGAAGAUCAAAAGCGUACAACCUUGGAAGAUGUUUCAUCAGACCUUGUUCAUGAAACACACAAAACUCAGCAUUAUUCUAGUGAAUGGGGCAGCCUUUCUUCAGUAGAGAAGCCCCUCAGCUCAAUUUCUGAAGAAAAGCAGAACCCAGAUAUUCCAUCUUUUGGGCUGGCUAGCUGGCUGGUAGAAGAGGUGAAAGCUCGCUCAAUUAGUCCAAUAGGGGCUGCGGAAGCAGACACACACAGAAUUGAGGCUUCUGAUUUUGGAUCAGAACAAUUCCCAGCUGGAAGUUGCACAGAAUUUACAGUUCAUGGAACUACAGAGACUAAGGGACAUACAUUUAGAGUUUCUGAAUCAGAGUCAAAUAAAUCCCCUUACAGGAAGUCCUCAGACACUAGUCCCAGAACACAAAGGUAUGAUUUACCAUCUCUGGUAGGAGAUAAUCAAGGUCCAGAUAAACUUCUGGAGCAUGAAACUAGUACUUUACAUCCUACAAAAACUGAAGCAGUGCAACAUCUGGAGGCAGGCAAAAUAUCUGAAGUUCCUGAACAUUACAUGAGAGGAGAAGAGGAAGAAAUGGAGCGUGGAAGUGUUGUAGAAGACAGUCAGGGUGCUCUGGAGACUACUGAACAAAAAGAUUUAUUUAAUAUAAUUUCAGAAGGUUAUGAAAUACUCAAUAUUCAUGCACCUGCACAUAUUUCUUCUGUUGAUCAAGAAGAAAGUAAACACAUGCCUGAUAAAUUGGAAUACUUGGAAACAAAUCCUUCAUUUAGAAGAAAAUUAGUUGAGGAUGGCCAGAGAGCCUUAACUUUGGGAAGAACCACAGAAAUUUCAGAAAGCUCAGUAGUGGGACCUGCAAGCCAUGAACUAAUAGAAUUGAUAAAAAAGGAAGAUGCUGAGGAAACUGAAGAAACUCAACAAGAAAACCUUCUGUUGCCAGAAAACAACAAUUAUGCAAAGUUGGAUCCUAAUAAUGGUACUGCUGAUAUGGAUUAUUUUGAAAAAUACACAUUGAUUGAUGACAAAUCCCCGGUUAAGCCACAAUUUGAAAGACGAAUUUCAUUGUCUCCUGUGACAGAAGACCCCAAUGAAUCAAUGGAAGAAGCCAAAUCUUUUAAAGAAAGUACUGAGGUAGAUACUUUGGAAGAGUUUUCCUUACUUGAGGACCUGGAUGAAGUCUUUUAUGGUACCAUAAAAGGAGAAAGCGAAAUGCAGUCCUAUGCAGAUGCUUCAAAACCUUUACCACAGCAGAAAUCAAUUGAUUCUAGCAAUAAAAGCAUUACUAAUGUAGAAGAUGAAUGGAAGUCACCAGGAACCCCACUCUUUGAUUCAGAAGAAGGAGUGCUAGAACGAUCUCUCUUGUUCCCUACCACGGUUGCUGCAGUUAACCCGGAGCUUUUAGAGGAGCCACCUGCUCUAUCAUUUUUAUACAAGGACCUCUAUGCAGAAGCAGUAGGUGAAAAGACAAAGGAUGAAACUCCCUCUGAUGAAGAAAGUGGUAAUUCUAAUGCUUCUUUCCCUAGUAGAAAUUCAGACACAGAUGAUGGAACUGGAAUGUAUUUUGAAAAAUACAUUCUUAAAGAUGAAAUUCCAAGUAAGCUCAUAGGGCCUCAAAAAGACCAGAUAUCAGAAGAUGAGUCCUUUAGUGGAGGAAUUUUGGUUUGCAGUUCAGAGGAUAAGCAGAAGCAGGGAUCUGUUCAGUAUGUCAAAACUGAGGUUCUGUCAGAAAGAGGGAUUAGGGAGAGAGACAAAUUCCAGGUUGACAGCAACAUUCAAGCAACAAUUUGCAAGCCAAUGCAUGCCAUUCCUUUCGGAAGCAGAACAGUUCUUUCAGGUGCAGGAACUGAUAUCACUGAACAAAGAGAAGAAAACGUACCAGUAGAAAGAACUGAAGAGUUGCCAGAGCAGUCAAGUCAACAAGGAUACAGUCAUCAAGUGGUUUAUCAGGGGGCUGCAUAUCAAGAAGCUAGUACUAAGCAGGAAGAACAGGAAGAUAUAACAGCAGUUCCUCAAAUAGAAAAGUACGUUCCAUAUGUCAGGGCUCCCACUGAAGACAGUUUAGAUGAUCAGUUUACUCAGGAACAUCUGUCCUGUGUUCCUACCACUCAGGAAACAGAGAAUCCAGACUCACAAAGAGAGGAGCAGCACCGUGAUGUUUAUGAAGAUUUUGCUGAGUCAAUGGACUAUGAUGUGAUUACACAAGAAGAGCUUUUGCAAGAUGAAAUAUCAUCUCAAUUUACACAUGAGGAGCUAUUAUUUGAGGACAGGGACUCCUUUGAUAAUGCUGCUGAUAGUUAUGAAUUUGUAAAUGAGCCAGAACAAAGAACUCCUGUUGAGCUUGAAGAUUCAGGCUUUGUGGUGAUGUAUCCUGAAAAAUCAGCAACAAACAUUCCUCAAAUUGAGAGCCCACAAAGAGAUCUGAAGAAAGCACAAGUAGACACUUAUUGUUACCACUGCAAAUGCCCAAUAUCUGCUAUUGACAAGCUUUUUGGAGAGCAUAAGGACCAUGAAGUCACAACACUAGAUGAUGCUGCAACCAAGAUGAAGGAUCAGUUAAGUAAAUUGCUAGCAGCACUGGAAGAAAAGUCAAUGAAGAUUGAAGAGUUUGUGAGUGAUAUUGAAUUGCGAUUUAACUCAGUUGAGGAAAACUGCAAGAAAAAUGCAGACUUACUGGAAAAGCAGAAUGAAGAGAUGCUUAAGAAAGUGGUAGCACAAUAUGAUGAGAAAUCAGAGAACUUUGAGGAAGUGAAGAAGAUGAAAAUGGAGUACCUGUAUGAGCAAAUGGUAAAUUUCCAGCAAACUGUUGAUUCAGCAAAGGAAACUUUGGAGACAACAGUAAAAGAAACAGAUGAAGUGGAUGGAUUUGUUUUCCUAAAUUCAUCUAAAGAAUUGAAUAAAAGGUUACUUUCUGCAAUGGAUACCACUCUCUCUUUAGAGAAGGUGCCCAGUGCUUUUUCACUAUUUGAGCACUAUGCAGACAGUCCAGGACAAAGCAAUCAACACUCCUUACAACACGUGGCUGUCCCACAGACACCAACUGUCAUACCUCAGGAGCCAAACUCAGCCACCAGCACCUCCAUUGCUGUCUACUGGUCUGUGAAUGACGGGGAUACCAUUGACUGCUUCCAGGUCUACUGUAUGGAGGAGCUGCAAGCCAGCAAAGAUGCAGGGGCCUUAGUGGAAGAAUACAGAGUGACAGUGAAAGAGAGCCACUGCAUUCUGGAGGACCUGGAGCCAGAUCGCUGCUACAGUGUGUGGGUCAUGGCUGUGAAUGGCACAGGCUGCAGUUUACCCAGUGAAAAAGCCAUUUUUAAAACAGCACCCGCCGUGCCCACCAUCAAGGCCGAGGACUGCACCGUGUGUUGGGACACAGCCACGGUGCGCUGGCGAGCCGCGCCCGCGUCCGCCGAGUCCUUCAUCGUGGAGUUCUGCCGGCAGCACUCGCCCGAGGGAGACGGGCUCAGAUCUUUCACUGGUAUAAGGAAACCUGAAUUGAAAGUAUCCCUGGAGCCCAAUGUGAACUAUUUCUUCUAUUUGAGGGCUGCCAACCCAUUUGGGACAAGUGAACAAAGUGAAGCAGCUCUCAUCUCAACUAAAGGAACUCGAUUUCGCUUGCUGAGUGACACAGCGCAUCCUGCACUGCAAAUCUCUUCCAAUGCAACAGUGAUCCACCUUCCUGAAAAAACCAAACUCACUGGAUUUCCUUCAGUCCUGGGUGAACUGCUGCCUGCUCAAGGAUGUCAUUACUGGGAAAUUAUUGUUUCUGCCUGCAGAAGCUACAGGAUUGGGAUUUGCUAUGAGGCAAUAACACAGAGCAAUGUCCUGGGGUUGAGUGAUACCUCGUGGUGCAUGAGGUGCUGUCCUACACAAACCAGCUAUCUUUACAGAUUUCUUCACACUGGUGUGAUGAGUGAUGUCCAUGUGACGGAACACCUGGCCAGGAUUGGCAUUCUGUUGGAUUACAGUAGUGGCAGGCUGCUGUUCUUCAAUGCAGAGAGAGGACUGGUGCUGUUUGCCAUCAGGCACAAAUUCACUGAUGCUGCUUACCCAGCCUUUGCUCUGGAGAAGGCAGGAGUGCUUACCCUGUGCACAGGAAUGGAGCUGCCAGAGUUUGUGAAGCAGAGCUAAUCUCCUGCUUCACAGUUUCCAGAAAACUGGCAAAUACAGGAUCAGGGGGUAGAGGGAGGAAGAGGUAUGCCAGGAAGGGAUAGCUAGUCUUCACUGAUGAAUGCUACGUGCACAGCUCUCCUUCACAUCAUCAGUAAUUGUAGUUACUGCUCAGCUAAAUAAUCACCCUGAGCCUGGAAGAAAAUCAACUCCUUCAGAUGGAGCACGCACCUAGUAAUACACAGAGCAGUACUUCUAAGGGGAUAAAGAAGUUUUGUUAGAUAUGAUAGUGCUAGCUGUCUUUUUAAAGUUGAUCAUGAACCCAUGUAUGAAAUAAAUGCAUUUCUCACUGCAAUA